AUGGAAGUCUAUCCAUGUUUAAAAUAUCUCGUCUAUGUUUUAAAACAGUAUUUACUACAACUUAAUCUCAAUGAAGUAUGGACCGGCGGUAUUAGUAGUUAUUCACUUAUUCUUAUGUUAGUCUGUUUCCUUCAAACUUAUAAUAAAAAAGAUCAACAAUCAUUUAGGUCAUCAUCAUUUUAUCCAUUAUCUUUAUCUAGUUUAUCUUCAUCUUCAACAACAAAAACUACAUCAUCAUCAUUUAUAAAAACUAAUAGUACGACAGGUACAACAGAUGAUUGUUCAUCAUCAACGUCUUAUCCAUCAUCAUCUGCUGGUUCAUGUAUAUCAUCUGAUGAUAAUAAUAGUUUUAGUAAUAAUAAUAGUGAUAUUAAUGAUGAUCAUUUUAAUAACGGUAUUAACAAUAAUAAUAAUAAUAAUAAUAAUACAAGAAAUAAUACAAUUGAACAUGCAAAUCUUGGACAUAUGCUUAUUAAUUUUCGUGAAUUAUAUGGUGUUUAUUUUGAUUAUGCUAAAUUAGGCAUUCAAAAUGAUAUUAGUAAAGCUUCAUGGUUAACACCAAAAUUAAAUUCAGCAUUUCGUGAAGCAUAUGAUAAAUUAUUGCAAAGUGUAUCAGAUCAAAAUACAACAUUAAAAAAUGCACCAUCUAUAUUAUCAAAAAUUAUUACUAUUAGUGAAAGUACAUUAGUAUAUCGAAGACGAUUACGUACGAUUUAUCGUGAUUAUCAAAAUGAACAACGAACAGUUAAACAAAUACAAUCUGGUCGAUCAAAGUAUAUAUUAUAA